GGAGUGGACCUGGAGGAGGACUGGAGCAGGGAAAGGACUCUGUGAGAGACUAUGGGGAAGGACCAGGAGCUGCUGGAAGCUGCUCGUACUGGCAAUGUGGCUCUGGUGGAGAAACUCCUAUCUGGCAGGAAAGGAGGGAUCCUGGGCGGUGGAUCCGGACCUCUGCCCCUGUCUAAUCUGCUAAGCAUCUGGCGAGGUCCCAAUGUGAACUGCACAGACAGUUCGGGUUACACCGCUUUACACCACGCAGCCUUAAAUGGACAUAAGGACAUAGUUCUCAAACUACUUCAGUACGAGGCAUCAACCAAUGUAGCAGACAACAAGGGUUACUUCCCCAUUCACCUGGCUGCCUGGAAAGGAGACGUGGAGAUUGUGAAGAUUCUCAUCCAUCAUGGACCUUCACAUUCCAGAGUCAAUGAACAGAACAAUGAGAACGAGACCGCCCUCCACUGUGCAGCGCAAUACGGACACUCGGAAGUAGUUGCCGUUCUCCUGGAAGAGCUCACGGACCCUACGAUUAGGAACAGCAAACUCGAAACCCCGCUGGACUUGGCAGCACUCUACGGGCGGCUGAGGGUGGUGAAGAUGAUCAUCAGUGCACACCCAAACUUAAUGAGCUGUAACACUCGGAAGCACACGCCGCUCCACCUCGCAGCCCGCAACGGUCACAAGGCAGUGGUACAGGUGUUGCUGGAGGCGGGGAUGGACGUGAGCUGUCAAACAGAAAAGGGGAGUGCUCUUCACGAAGCGGCUUUGUUCGGGAAGGUGGACGUGGUGCGAGUUCUAUUGGAAACAGGGAUUGAUGCUAACAUAAAGGAUAGUUUAGGGAGAACUGUCUUAGACAUUCUGAAAGAGCACCCGUCUCAGAAGUCUCUCCAGAUUGCAACGCUCUUGCAAGAUUAUUUGGAAGGUGCAGGAAGGUCAGCAGUCCUGGAAGAGCAUGCCCAGGAAGAUACAGCACAAGAGAUACACCUUUCGUCUCCUGCUGAGUCUCCUUCCCAAAAAACUAAAAGUGAAACUGUCACUGGAGAACUUUCAAAACUCCUGGAUGAAAUAAAACUCUGUCAAGAGAAGGAUUAUUCCUUUGAAGAUCUGUGCCAUACCAUCUCAGACCACUACUUAGAUAAUUUGAGCAAGAUUUCAGAGGAAGAGCUUGGGAAAAAUGGAAGCCAGAGUGUAAGAACUUCAUCUACAAUAAAUUUGUCACCAGGAGAAGUGGAAGACGAAGAGGAGGAUCCAAACUCUUGUGGGCCCACGGGACUCUGGGAAGCGCUAACUCCUUGUAACGGAUGUAGGAACCUUGGCUUUCCCAUGCUCGCACAGGAGUCUUAUCCAAAGAAGAGGAAUUACCCCAUGGAAAUCGUACCAUCUGCUUCUCUGGACACAUUCCCUUCAGAAAAUGAGAACUUCCUUUGUGAACUCAUGGACACAGCUGUUACAAAGAAACCCUGUUCCUUAGAAAUUGCAAGGGCACCUUCUCCGAGAACUGAUAAUGCCUCUGAGGUAGCAAUUACUGCUCCAGGAACUAGUCACCAUAGAAACAGUUCUACAGGCCCAACACCUGACUGCUCACCUCCAUCCCCCGACACUGCCCUAAAAAAUAUCGUAAAAGUUAUCCGACCUCAGCCAAAACAACGAACAUCUAUUGUGUCUUCUCUGGAUUUCCAGCGAAUGAAUCAUAACCAAGAAUACUUUGAAAUCAGCACAUCUACAGGGUGUACCAGCUUUACUUCUAGCCCUCCAGUUAGCCCACCCACCUCUUCUGUGGAAACCACAGAAGUCAAGAACGAGGGAGCUGAACACACAGAUGAACUCUCUCAGCAGGAAGAUGAUGAACCCCCAAAAGAGUAUGAUGCUGGGCAAUUCGCAGGCCUUCUCCAUGGGUCCUCUCCAGCCUGUGAGUCUCCUGAAAAUCCAUUUCAUCUGUAUGGGAAAAGAAAUCAAUGUGAAGACGGACAAGAUGAAGCCAGUUUGGCAAACAGUCCUUUGCCCUUCAAACAGACUCCAAUAGAAAAUAACCCAGAACCUUCAGUGAAGAAAAUCAAACCCAAAGUGGUCAGUAGAACAAUUUUCCACAAAAGAAGCCACCAACUUGAGAACCAUACCAUCGUUGGCACAAGAAUGUCCAGGAGUGGAUCCCGCAACAGUGACCAGUGGGGUGUGACUCCAGGGGGCUUUGUAGAGAGAGCCUGCACGCUAGGGAGAAUAAGGUCACUGCCUAAAGCCCUGAUCGACAUGCAUUUAUCUAAAAAUGUCUCCAAGUCUGAUUCUGAUCUCAUUGUCUACCCUUCCAAAGACAAAGCGAGAGUCAACUGGAGCAAAUCAUCAACUGCAGAACGCAGUUCCAAAGAUAACUCCGAAAGAACACCUUCCUUCACAUCGGAAUGGGAAGAAAUCGACAAAAUAAUGAAUUCAAUUGAUGUUGGAAUCAACAGUGAACUUGAAGGGAUGAACGGACCCAGAUGCCCUGUCCAAACAGUGGGACAAUGGUUGGAAAGCAUUGGGCUACCUCAGUACGAGAACCACCUGAUGGCUAAUGGAUUUGACAAUGUACAGUUUAUGGGAAGCAAUGUUAUGGAAGAUCAGGAUUUGUUGGAAAUUGGAAUCCUUAACUCUGGUCACAGACAGAGAAUUCUACAGGCAAUCCAGCUACUUCCAAAGAUGAGGCCCAUCGGCCAUGAUGGCUACCAUCCCACCUCUGUAGCUGAGUGGCUGGAUUCCAUUGAGCUGGGUGACUACACCAAAGCCUUUCUCAUCAAUGGCUACACAUCAAUGGACCUGUUGAAAAAGAUCUGGGAGCUUGAACUUAUUAAUGUUUUAAAAAUCAGUUUGAUUGGCCACAGGAAACGCAUUUUGGCGUCUCUGGGAGAUAGACUGCACGACGACCCUCCACAGAAGCCCCCUCGGUCCAUCACCCUCAGGGAACCCAGUGGUAAUCACACCCCUCCUCAGUUGUCUCCAUCACUUAGCCAAAGCACUUACACCACUGGUGGCUCCCUAGACGUCCCUCACAUUAUCAUGCAGGGCGAUGCAAGGAGGAGAAGAAAUGAAAACUACUUUGACGAUAUUCCCCGAUCAAAGCUGGAGAGGCAGAUGGCUCAGACAGGGGACUGGGGAGAACCUUCCAUCACCUUGAGGCCUCCUAAUGAAGCCACAGCCUCAACUCCUGUCCAGUACUGGCAACAUCACCCAGAAAAACUCAUCUUCCAGUCAUGUGACUACAAAGCCUUUUAUUUAGGUUCGAUGCUGAUAAAAGAGCUGAGGGGAACAGAAUCAACCCAGGAUGCUUGUGCAAAGAUGCGGGCUAACUGUCAGAAGUCUACAGAGCAAAUGAAGAAAGUCCCCACCAUCAUUCUUUCCGUCUCAUAUAAAGGAGUCAAAUUUAUCGAUGCGGCAAAUAAGAACAUAAUCGCCGAACAUGAAAUUCGUAAUAUCUCCUGUGCUGCCCAGGACCCAGAAGACCUCUCCACAUUUGCUUAUAUCACAAAAGAUUUGAAGUCCAAUCACCACUACUGUCACGUGUUUACUGCCUUUGAUGUGAAUUUAGCCUAUGAAAUCAUCCUUACGCUGGGACAGGCAUUCGAGGUCGCUUACCAGCUAGCUCUACAAGCAAGAAAAGGGGGCCAUUCCUCCACGCUUCCAGAAAGCUUUGAGAACAAGCCCUCAAAACCCAUCCCAAAGCCCCGAGUUAGCAUUCGAAAGUCAGUGCAGAUCGACCCUUCUGAGCAAAAGACUCUGGCCAAUCUGCCGUGGAUUGUGGAGCCGGGGCAAGAAGCCAAGAGGGGCAUUAAUACCAAGUAUGAAACCACGAUUUUCUGAUAGCCGCCGCCCCGUCCUCGCGGUGCCUUGCUCGCCAAGCAGUCCCCGCAGCAGGCUUUCCUUCGCGCCUCCGUGUCUACCCACCCCGGGGAGGAAGACUGCUCCAGCUCGCGUGGCCUCGUCACGGGCGGAAGGGCGACGGCCAUCCCUAGGGAGCCUUCUGCCAGCGAGACUUUGACGCCCCUUAGAGGCGCGAGGGGGGCUGCGCGGGGCGCCCCAACUCCGCUCCCACCGCCUCCUCCGAGGUACUGCUCAACUGCCCCGUACUUGCUUUGCUUUAGUUGGGGGGAGAAUACCUUUUUAAAAAGUGAAGGGUGGGGAGAGGGAGGGUCUCCAGUACUGCCUAAAAGUCUAAACAUCUUGGGUUUAAGUUUUUCACUGUCAGCCGUUUUGAAGGGAAAGUCAGAACAGUACUACACCCCCUCCCCCAAGAAGCACCUGUAAAGUCAUUCUAUCACUGAGUACAAUUUCAUGCAAAAAGACAAAGCAACCCUCACCAGAAAAUUCUGCCCCCCCCACCCGAUUUCUAUAUUUGUGGAUUUUAUAUGUAAUCAACUAUGUCAGAUAAAGGAAACCUUUAUUGAAUGAUUCAAAAAAAAUUUAAAAAGUGAUUUAAAACAGAGGAAUUUAUUAUGCACAGAAAAAAAUGUGUCUUGUAUUAAAUAUUUUUAUUAAAAGAAUGUUUCAUUAAUGCAUUCAUAAGAAAACUAAGUUUGUUGUGCGGGAUGUUUCUGGUUUCGUUUCAAAUGACUACGUUCCUACUGCUACUUGCCCUGAGGACCUGGCUCAGUUAUGGAGAACCCCUGAUGCCCUUGCCUCAAAAGCAGAACAGGCUAGUGCUUGGGUCGACCGAAGUACUGACUCAGCCAUAGCCUGCACAAGUGGUUUAUUUGGGGUUGUUUUGGGUUUUUUGUUUUGUUUUAGCCUUCGGGGUGUUUUAAAAAAAAAAAAAACAUGAUUAACAAAAAAGAAAACCGAGGGCUCCUGCUGGCGAGAUUUCUGUGAAGGAAACCUUGUUUGAGAACAAUGUUAAUAAAAUUCUACUGCAAAAUUCUUUUCUAGAAAAAAGAAAUAACACACAAAAAAAAGAAAUUCCAAAGUAAUAAAAACUUUUCUUGAAACAGACUAAAAAAAAAAUGUUUGCUUACUAUUUGAUUAAAUAAAUUUACUUACGUUUCUUUAAGGUAUUUUAAUUUUUUUAAUGUCUCUGUGGAGUAUUUGUAUGAUACCAUAAUGUAUAUUUCUGUAGAAACAAAUUAUAUAAACAGGAUCAAUAUCAUUAUAGAAAUAUAACAUUUUAAUGUAUAUUGUUCUAACCAAUCAUAUUGUGAAUCAUUUUGAAGUUCAUUAUAGCGAUAUUGAUAAAUUGUGAACUUGUCUUAAUGUUUUUUUAAUUAACCAAUAUUAUUUUAAACCUGAGAUUCUCACAAUCAUCAGUUGGUGAGUUUUGAAGAAAAACUAAAUUUCAUUUCAACUGACAAAUGUAUAUGGUUUUAGUUCAGUGUUGAAGAAUUUUAAUACAAUAUUAAAUUACUUGAACUGAAUAGUUCCUUGUAUAUAUUUUGCCUAUUCACUGUUGAUAUGUAUGUAGUAAACAAAGAAGAGAAUAACAUUGAAAUAUGGUACCAAAAGGAGCUUGUUCUGGAGCAAAGCAGCUAGUAGCUUUGCUGAAACACAAGCGUAUGUGUAAAUAAGCUUGGGCUUCCAGUUAUAAAAUUUUGUAAUUUUUGUCAUUAUUUAUAUCCUAUAUUUAAAAAAAAAAAAAGCACACAAAAUAAAACAGAAGUUGCACAGUGGCUGGUGCCUGGCAUCCUUCUGUGAGCACCUCCCCACUCCCCCUGAGAAACAGGACCAAAGGCCCAGCCCUCUCCACAGAUAGAGAGACUUGUUUUCGAUUGGCAACAUCAGUGAAGAAAAAAAAAAAAAAAAGUGUUCAUUUCCAAGUUCACGCAGUCUAAAAAAAAAACACUGUCUUCUGAAGCUUGCAUUUCAGCUGUAAGCCGCCAUGCUUUUGCAUUGUCUAUUUUAAAGUGGCCUGUAAGGGGGAAAUUGGCAAGACAGACAUUUCUAAAACAGAGGGGAACACACACACACACACACCAGACUGCUUAUGUAGCAUUACAUAUAUAGCUUGCUUGGGAAAGCAUCCCCUGCACAUCCUUGUACAUCCCUGAGUCCGUUCAUCUUUUUUUCUAGAACGUGCACCUGCUAUAAAGUGGGUGAUGGGCUAGUCAGAGCUACACUGAUCCUGUGACCACCAUGCUGCACGCCCCUCCCCCUCCAUCACCCCUUGCCCAGUCCAUGACUGCUACCCUUGAAAACCCAAAGCAGUCUUAGGGUGCUCUCUGCCUGUCAUUUAGAGGCCUGGGGCUUUGAACCCAAAAGAGCUAAACCUGUAAAAAGCUGGGUUGAAAUGGACCCUGGGGUACCUCAGGCGGGGGUUUUCCACUCCAGUGCUUCCACUGGGCCAGUUUGUUCACUUUGAUUUUAUCUUCUGUUCAUCACCUGCGUGUUUGUAUCCAUAAUGAUUCCAGCAUGAAGUACGUAGCACACUCCAAUUAGGAGAAAUUAAGACACAAGACUAGCAUAGUAGUGAGAGGAAAUAGUCUUCUUGCUCUGUCACCAGCUUGAAGGAGCAAUAAGGACAAAGAAAUAAGGACAUGUGGCAGAGUUAGGCCCCUCCAGACCCAAGGUACAAGGGCCUCAGAGAGAAAAGCAGGGGUAACCCUGAUCUCCCUGUCCAUUCUUCACCCAAACCUAAGGUCAGGGCACAAAAGCAGCCCAUGGCUAGAGCAAGGCAGGGAAUGAGAGGA